CGUUCACACCUCUUCUUUCUCCACUCCGUCGACCAUUCAUUCCGUGCAUUUCGUCAGCUUAGCUUAGCUUUUCUUUUCUUUUCGCCACUUCGCUGACGAAUGUGGCUGUCGGAGCCAUUCAUUACUUCAGCUUACCAUUUUGUGCUAAUUCAUCAAAACUAAUUCCAUCAGUUGUUGGUUGGUUGCCAUGUGUCAAGCAUCUACAAAUGUUUCAGCCUGUGAAGGACAAUUGUCACUGCCAAAGUCCUGUUCAAGCCAACCGACGCAUAUACAUCUUCAGAUCAUUGUGACCAGCUCACUAUAAAGCCCCGUGAAAAUGCUUGCUAACUUCACGCAGCAAUCAUGACGCAACCUCUCGAGCCGGGCACCUAUGUCAUCGUUAACAAGAUUCCCUGUCCAACUAACGAAAGGCUUGCGAUCACCUACAACGGUCCAGAUCAGCCUUUGACCGUGAAUAUCAGGACCGAUUCAUCUCGCCAGCGUUGGAUCGUUGAGAACAAGACCAGAUCCCUGGUUCCUGUGGAUGCUACUGACUUCCAAGCUGUUUGGGAUGCCGACUGCGCGCGUACAAUUCGGAAAUAUAAUUUCGCAUGGAUCAUUCAACCAACCAACUCAGGAUACACUAUUCAAGAUGAUACAGGAACUGCGUUUUGGGGAGUUCUGGAUGCAGUCAACAAUGCUCCGCUCGUCGUUGGAUACGACACCGGUGACGAACAGCACAGGUGGUCUUUCGAAAGAGUGCUGUAGACUUCGGAACAAGUUGAAAUGUGUAGCCACCGGCCGUGACAUCAGUAAAUGGUGUUGUUUCUCGAGAAACCAAUCGAUGUAUUAGUAUUAUGAUCGCUCAGGCUGUGAAUUAUGAUGCAUAUGAUAACUGCGAUAUUCACCUUGCU